CUGGCCGAGUUCAGAAGAGCUGCAACUUUGAUGCUGCAGCCAGAAAAACGGAUAGCUAAAGCCCCCACUGUGUGGAGAAGCAUUCAAGCAAUCGUUUUUGCUUCAUGGCUGAAUACCUUAUUGGUCUUUAUCCCGAUAUCUUGGGCUACGAACUUUGCUCUACCCGAUCAGCACACUCUUACAUUUGUAUUUGCAUUUCUGGCUAUCAUACCGCUGACCAAGCUUCUCGCCUUCGCGACUGACGAAUUGUCGUUACGAGUCGGUCAAACUCUAGCUGGUCUUCUCAACGCUACAUUGGGAAAUAGCGUCGAACUCAUCGUAUCAAUAAUCGCGCUCGCGAAGUGUCAGCUUACAAUCGUUCAGUCGUCCUUGGUGGGCUCCAUCCUGAGCAAUCUCUUGCUGGUACUGGGCAUGUGUUUCUUUGCCGGUGGUCUCCGCUUCUCGGAACAGGGAUUUGGUCAAAGUGCUGUGCAACUUAAUGUGUCAUUGCUGACCAUUAGCGUGAUUGCUGUUCUGUUACCUGGGGCAUUUCACAUGGCUCUUCAGGGUCCAGGAUAUGACGAAUUGUCGACCGAUUACAACAUAUUGAAAACUAGUCAUGGCGUGCGUAGAUUAUUGUUCGUAGUAUUCUACGCUUCAUAUCUGGUUUUCCAGUUAUGUUCGCACAAAGCCCUCUACGAUGAUGUCAACGAAGAUAUGCAACCAACCAAAGCGUACGCAGGCCAGAAUCCAUUUCGGUUGAGGAGGCGUAGGAUCAUCACGGACGGCGAAAACGUGCCUUCCCCGAGUUUGACGCAUGACAGAGAGGCAGCCGCAACGUCGUCCCACCCCACAGAUCCCAAUCCUGACGUGGAACCUGGGACUUAUUCCAUAACAUCAGUGGAGACUGAGAUUCAACCACUGAUGAACCUCGCUGUGUGCUUUUGGCUUUUGGCUGUCGUAGCUGUGUUGACUACUGCUACUGCAGUGUUCCUCGUUGACUCAAUUGAUGGCCUGACUUCAUCCGGGUCGAUCAACAAGGAGUUCGUUGGUAUUAUUUUGCUCCCGAUCGUUGGUCACGCAGCGGACCACGUCAUUGAAGUUACGGUAUCCGUCAAGGAUAAACUGACUUUAAGCUUGGGCGUUGCCGUGGGUUCGAGUAUUCAAAUUGCGCUCUUUGUGAUUCCAUUCAUCGUGACACUUGGUUGGAUUAUGAAUAAGCCACUGACACUUCUCUUUGACCCGCUGGAAUCUAUUGUCCUGUUUCUUUCCGUCCUUACUGUCAAUUACGUCGUGCAGGACGGCAAGUCAAAUUGGUUGGAAGGAAUGAUCCUCAUGUGCGUGUACAUGAUUUUGGCUGUAACAUUUUGGUAUUAUCCUGGUAAGCCCCUCGUCGGUGUAACUGAAGACUGUCCCACAUAUCCAAUGAUGGUCUCACUAGGUACCCAAGGGAUCUUUCCAAAUUGCUAGACCAGACCAGCAUCGAUAUCUCCGAUGAAUGGAGGAUUGCCACGAGCUCAGUACUACUCGGCUUCGACCUAGGCCACUUUCUUAUCGAAUCAUAUUCGGCACCAUACACUAUCACGCUCUUUUCUUUCUGAUAUUUAUGGUUUGGACUAGGAACCCUUAGCUCUUAUCUAAUUCCCAUUGCAUGGGUACUCCUACUUACCUUUUACAAGCAAUCUGCUCACCUGUAGACAUAUCAGUAUCGUUUAUCAUCCUCUCAGAUUUCUUCACAUUAGCAACAAAGAGUAGACUACAUUUGCCGUUUCUUUCCUCAUCCGUGGUUGAAAAUAAUGUCCGAACGUCGUGAUAUGAUAAUUGAUUCCGGAACGCCCUGAACGGAGCUCACAGGUGUCCAUUUUCCAGAACCACUUCUUCUUAACGUACCAACAGUACUGUGAUAAGAGAUCAUAACGCCACAACAAUAUAAAUCUUGAAGAGAAAAUUGUUCGGGCGCUC